AACUCACAACGAAAUCCGGGGUCCGACACUAUUGGCAUAAACCCUAAUUGGUCCUGUGCUCCAUGACAUGAAGGAAGGAAGGGGUCCCAAUAUCGCGGCUCGGUGUCAAUGUGAACCCCCUUGGCCGGGCCAGACACCUGGCCUGCGCGAGCGCCUGAUUAAGAAUUCUUACACGCAAACUAUUCAAAUGUAGAAAACAUGCAAUCGAUACAUUUGAAGACUAACUACGAGAGCGACCUUCAGCUCUUUGAUUCAUUUAUUCACUAUUACUGUUAUUGUCAUUGUCAUUCUUAUUGUAUUUAUGAAAUUCUCUGUAUGUUGCAAAAGAUACUUCAUUUACCACCAAAACAUGAAGUUUUAAGUGAACCGUUCAUCAAUCGUGUGCAAGAAUGGAAAGAAAAGCUAAUUUGUUUGCACACAACUCAUGGAUACCACCACAAUUCAUGGGUCCAGGACAGUUUUUGUGGAGAGACAACCUUUGGGCGGCGACCGCGGAAGAUCCGAGGAACACAACCAGGAGGGACGAUGGCGAGGACUUCACUCCGGCGUACUACCAGCAGACGCCGACCAUGUUCUUUGUCAUCGCAGGCUUGGCGUCCAUGAUGUUCCUCAUACUGGUGGCCGUGGCUCUACUCUGCUACUCCCACUACCUUAACCACACGGACCAGCAGCCACCUCAGCAUCGAAGCCCAUCGCCGCUAACCGGGGACCCUUUCUCCGGUGGUCCUCCCCCCGUGGGAUCCCUAUCACCGUGGACAAGCACAAGUAGCCCCGAAACCCCACACCACACCACACCUGUCAUCCUCGUCCGCCACCCUGGACAAAGGAAGCCCACAUGUUUUGCACAGUUGGCACCUUUCCCGCCAUUUGGGGUGCCUGCAUCGCAACUGAGCCUCCUCUGCCCCGAUGGCGACGCUGGCAGCGACUCCCCCUCCUCCUUUCGCUCAUGCUCGCCCUUCUGAAGAUGGAUGAAUACUUGUAGGUGUGAGUCAAUGACAUUCUGUUCAUUCUCUCCUCCGAUGAAGCUGGUGGUGAUGGCUGGGUUCCCAUGUAUGGGAACUUGGUUCUCAAGUAGAUCUUGAGCCUGUUCUCUCAGAAUAUUCCUCCCUUUAAUUCUAAAGCAAAUCAGUGGAAUUUGAUUAUGUUUUAUUGAAAGAUUUGGGCCUUAUUGAUGCUAUUGAAUCACCUAGAUAUUGGAGACUUGUGAACUAUGUUUGGAUUUGGAUGGAAACUUUUGCUGAAUGGAAGUAAAGGGUUUGUCAAGAAUUUUUUGCAAGGGCAAAUAGACUUGUAGGGAAUAAUGAUGUUUAUAAGCAUAAUGUAGAUGUUUAUUUUUAUGAGGUGUAUCUGAAUUUUUUUAGUACUUUUUGAGAAGAUUAACAAGAGUAAUUACUUCAUCCAAAUUCAAACAUAGAUGUUAAAAUCG